ACCACUCGAACCAUCCGCGGCCGGAAGAAACGGCGCUGGCGCAGCGCUCACCCGAAGACCCCGGAGGCCGACGGCAGACGCCGCCGCCGCGCGGCGGGACACACGCAAGCCAUCAUGGGGCUGCCCCGGCUUGACGUCUGGUUUGCCGGCGCCGACGACGACUUGCCGUCCUUCUCGUUCGCGCUCUCCCUAUCGUUCCUCAACUCGCCGUGCGGAAUCCUGACCAUCGCCGAAAUCGUGACGGGCAUACUGACGUUCGCGCUGGCAUACAGCAGCCGCGUCUACGUGUACCAGCUGUCCAAGCUCGUGGUCAGGGUGGAACCUGAGCCCAGCAUCAUCUACGUCAUCUUCGUGUCGUUCCUCUACUGGUUCGUGUCGCUGCUUGUGCUCGUCUCGUCGCUGCUCUCAAACACGGGAAUCAACGUGACCAGCACUCUGUUCUACGUUCUGCUGGAAGCCUUCGGACUCGUCUUCUACCUCAGUGGCGGCAUCUCUCUACUGGCCCUGGAAGCUGGACAGAGCGUGGCGACCGCAGCUGGGGUGUUUGCCAUAAUCAGCGCAGUUCUUCACGGCCUGCACGCUGUCUUCGUCUACUUAAAAAGGAAAAAGUGAUUUCACGUCUGAGGCGAUCAACAUGUUCAAUUUCUACACACUGCCUCUUCACUUGAAGUUUGUGGUCACGUAUAGACAUUGGAAUACCGCACACCCGGAGAGUUCUGCUGUACGACUGCAAGAUAACCGGCAACGACAAUAUGGUGAAGCUGGAGGCUUUACCUGUGUAUCUGAGUGCUACAUAUGGAAUAAAGAGCAUAUUGCAGUUGUUCGUCCAA